AUGUUGCCAUUCAAUAAAAACAUUUCUCCAUCUCUCCCUCCAUUCUUUUUAAUCUCAGGAGGACCGCAAGCUGCUGCUGCACGUGGCAGCGCACGGCACGAGGCAGUGGAGGGCCGUUGUCAACGCGGGGCUGCUGCCAGGCCGGGACAGCAAGGCCUGCUGCAACCGAUUCAUCGUCUUAAAGAGGGCCAAUUCCAUCCAUUACUGGGAUUUUCUGAGGACGUUUUCCCUUUGCAAAAGACUGCUGAAUAUGGGUCCGACAACGUAAGCAUAGAAGCUGCCUUAGCUGAUUUGGCUAACAAUAUCGAUACCGCUGCUUGUGCGGCACCUGAGUCUGAUAGCGGCAUCAUUUUCACCGAGUAUGCUGGAUCAGUGUCUCUUAUCGAGGCUGCUGCUGCUGCUGCUGCUGCUGCUAGUGAAACUGAUUUUACUGAGUAUGGUUCCCCUGGGGUGAGCACUGGGUCUAACGCCACUGCGACUCGAGCUACCGCUGCGGACACAAAUGCGAGUGCUGCUGAUGGUGGUAAUUUCACUUCUGCUGCUGCUGCUGCUGCUGCUGCUGCUGCGGCAGCUUGUGUGCCGCAGCAGACCACUCCCGCGGCGCCCUCGUUAUUCGGCCAGCAAACGCCCGCCACGCCUUCGCCGUUCGGGCAGCAAACUCAAGCAGCCGCGGCGCCAUCCCUUUUCGACCAGACGACCCCCGCAGCGCCCUCGCCGUUCGGCCAAUCAGCUCCCGCGUUCGGCGCCGCGUCCACGCCCGCGUUCGGCGCUACGCCUACCUCCGCAUUCGGCGCUGCUUCCACUCCCGCGUUUGGCGCUGCGUCGACGCCCGCUUUCGGCGCGUCUACCUCCGCGUUUGGCGCUGCCCCGACCUCCGCGUUUGGCGCCACAACCACCUCCGCAUUCGGCGCAGCCCCCACCUCCGCAUUCGGCGCAGCCCCCACCUCCGCAUUCGGCGCAGCCCCCACCUCCGCAUUCGGCGCAGCCCCCACCUCCGCAUUCGGCGGAGCCCCCACCUCCGCAUUCGGCGCUGCUUCCGCGACGCUUGGCUUCGGCGGUCAACUAACCCUAACCCAACCGCAACAGCAGCAGCAGCAGGGGGCGCUUCAACAGGCGCAAUUCGCGGCGCAAUCCGCGCAAUGGUCCGGGGCGCUUCCGGAAAGGGAGGUCGCCGCGAUCGCCGCCGCGUAUUUCGGCGACGCGCGGAACCCGCUAGGGCGGUUCGUGAGCCCGUUUCUUAGCGUCACACACCCCCUGGCGCGCUUCCGCCCGCCCAACGUCCCCGAGCUGACGUGGCAAGAGGCGAUUCGCCUGCUGGCGGCGGCUGGCCCGGAAAACCAGGCGGACGGGCUGUGGCCGGAAAUGGAUGAAAAGAUAGAGGCGGAUAAACAGCGGUUGGAUGCGGUGGAAGCGGCGGUGGGGCAGGACGAGACGAUAGAGGCGGAUAGACAGCGGUUGGAUGCGGUGGAAGCGGCGGUGGGGCAGGACGAGACGAUAGAGGCGGAUAGACAGCGGCUGGAUGCGGUGGAGGCGGCGGUGGGGCAGGUGAGGGCGCACGUGACAGCAGUCACAGAGGGGCGGCAGGGGGCUGUGAGACAGCGGCAGCAGCAGCUGCAGCAGCGGGUGCUGCGACUGAUGCGAUUAGUGGAGUUCAGGACAUCUUUCCACAUCCCUUCUGAAUCGACUCCUAAGUCAUCUCCGCCCUCCCUUGCUCUCUCCCCGCACUCCCUCUCGCUCCUCCCUUGCUCUCUCCCCUCCCUCCCCUUGUCACAUCCCUCUCCUCUCGAAUCAAAUUCACUUCGCCCAUGCCUUGCUCUCUCUCCUCGCCCGCCCUCACAUCUUCCUUACUCUCUUCCCGCCCGUCCCUCCUCUCAGAUCAUGGAGCUCAGGACAUCUCCCCACGUCCCUCUGUCCUCCUCCAUCCCUCUCGCAUCUCCCUCCUUACUUUCUUCCCGCCCCUCCCUCCCCUCAAAUCAUCAUGGAGCGCAGGACAUCUCCCCACGUCCCUCUCGAAUCGACUCAUUAGUAACUUUCGCCUCUUUCUUCAUCUCUCGCCCCUCCCUCUUCUCAGAUCAUGGAGCUAAGGACAUCUCCCCACGUCCCUCUCUCGCCAACGGAGCUGCUCCUAUUGGACAGGCUUCAGGUGAGGUUCCAGAUACGCUUCAGGUGAGAUUCCAGAUGAGCGUCAGUCCCUCCUCCGUCUGCUGUGCAGUGGGGCAUCAGAACUCCCCAGAAAGUCCCUCCUCCGUCUGCUGUGCAGUGGGGCAUCAGAACUCCCCAGGAAGGUCGAGUCCCCCGCUGCAGCAGCCAGCCUGCUGUUCUGGUUGUUGUGCCCUCUCCCCCCUCUUCUUCCAUCUGCCCCUCUUUAAUCCCCAUUCCCCCCUACCCACUCCCCCCUCCCCACUCCCCCCCCUCCCCCAGUCCCCCGCUGCAGCAGCCAGCUUGCUGUUCUGGUUGUACCCACUCCAGUCCCCCCUCCUCUUCCAUCUGCCCCUCUCCAAUCCCCAUUCCCCCCUCCCCCCCCUCCCCCAGUCCCUCCUCCGUCUGCUGUGCAGUGGGGCAUCAGAGCUCCCCCGCAAGUCCCUCCUCCGUCUGCUCUGCAGUGGGGCAUCAGAGCUGCCCCGCAAAGUCGAGUCCCUCGCUGCAGCAGCUAGCAUGCUGGCCGAUGGGGGGGGAGAAGGGGGGGGAGCGGACACAGGCGCAGGGGGAGCAGCAGGGGGAGCAGGGGGGGCGGGGGAGGGCGGGGGAGUGAGGGGGGAGGAGUGGAGUAUGGAGAGGAUGAGGGGGGUGGUGGCAACACAGGCAGAGGCGCUGGGGCGGCUGGCGCAGCUGGUGGAGCGAGAUGUGAGGGACGUGGGGAUCAUGAUGGGGGGAGGGGGGGUGGAUCCGCUAGGAGGAGUGGCGGGGGCAUAG